GGGAUAUUCUCUUGGAGCGAGGAUACGCCGAGUCGCCGACGUUCCAAAGAGACCCGUCAAGUCUACACUCAGGUUCCAGCAUAUAAGAAGCAAGGAUGAAGCUCCUCAGUAUAAGUAUCGCUUCAGGCGCUGCACUGCUAGCGUCUUUGGGCGUCCAGGCGGCUACCAGUUUCGUAAAGACCUCAGGACAACGCUUCACUCUGAAUGGAUCGCCGUUCACUGUAGUCGGUGCCAACUCGUACUGGGUGGGCCUUAUGGGCUUGACCACCGCUCAGAUGAACCAAGCAUUUGCGGAUAUUGCGCGGACAGGCGCCACUGCCGUUCGCACUUGGGGAUUUAACGAUGUGACGGCGCCGAUUAGUACAGCCUAUUAUCAGCUGUGGACCAACGGUACUGCAACAGUGAACACCGGACCUACGGGGUUAGGCAACUUCGACAACGUUGUAGCUGCAGCCAAGGCUAACGGUCUUCGUCUGAUCGUAACUCUAACCAAUAACUGGUCUGAUUACGGCGGCAUGGAUGUAUAUGUCAACCAGCUCAUUGGUCAAGGGUCCCCUCACGAUUACUUCUACACGAACGCAGCUACUCAGGCUGCAUACAAGAACUACGUCAAGACGUUCAUAUCACGGUACAUUAACGAGCCCACUAUUAUGGCAUGGGAACUAGCGAACGAGCCGCGAUGUGCGGGUUCAACUGGUGUUACGAGUGGUAGCUGCAACACCACCACCAUCACAGCAUGGGCGAGCACCAUGUCCGCCUAUAUCAAGUCCAUAGACUCGAACCAUUUGGUGGCUAUUGGUGACGAGGGUUUCUUCAACGAGCCUAGCAGUCCGCUCUACCCCUACCAGGGAACCGAAGGUAUCGAUUUCAACGCUAAUAUGGGUAUCUCCACCCUUGACUUCGGUACUGCCCAUUUAUAUCCGGUCUCUUGGGGACAGACCGCUGAUCCGACCGGAUUUGGGGUCCAAUGGAUCCAGGAUCAUGCUACGUCCCAGAAGACGUAUAAUAAGCCCGUGCUGCUGGAAGAAUUUGGCGUGACGUCCAACCAGACCGGAACUUACGCACAGUGGUACUCCACAAUACUAAGCUCUGGUCUAACGGGGGACCUCAUCUGGCAAGCUGGAUCCUACUUGAGUACUGGCGCUACACCAAAUGACGGGUAUACGAUUUACCCGAACACCACCGUAUAUGCAAUGGAAGCACUGCAUGUUGCGGCACUAAAGGCCCGAAACGUUUGAGACUGUUUUCUGGGCGACGUGAUGUUGAACUUGGCGAGACACCUUCCUCAUUAGUAAGCGGAUGAAUAUGUCGGACAUAAAUGCAUGUGUUUGUCGACGUAGUGAAUGUUGUUCUGAUUGAUAAUUGAUGAUGGUGUUCGACCGAUGUUAUAAGAUGAGCAUUGUUAUAAGGACCAAGCCAGCGAAAUUGCCAAGGUCACCGUCAGCAACCAGCUAUUCAUGGAGAGCCUCCUGCUACCUGCUGAACUCGAAGAACCCCCGGUGCCAGUGGUGCUAUUCGUACCACCCCAGCAGUACCUGCUGAAGCACGAUCCGCACAGUCCACUCCUCUGGACACCCACUCUAUCCCUUGCUUUAUCCACCACAGCACAUGCAAGACAAGCUGGCCAGUCAGCGUCCAUCCCUUUUAGAGUAGCUAUAGUGAACGACUG